UUACUACUAGUUAAGUCUGCACACAAACUGUUUAUUAAUUUGUUAUUGCCAGUUUUAUAGCCUAUAUCAGAAACUCGGCAGUGAGCAGCAAAGCAAGCUGAGAUGAAGACACUGUUUGUAGGGGUAGGCGGGAUGACCAAUGGAGGAAAAUCUACUCUUUCCAAGGGUCUACACCAGCAGAUACCCAACAGCUGCAUCAUUGCACAGGAUUCAUAUUUUAAGGAUGAUGCUGUGGUACCAGUGGACAGCAACGGGUUUAAGCAAUAUGACAUGCUCGAUGCUCUCCACAUGGACACCAUGAUGAGCGAGGUUGAGUCCUGGAGAAGAGAUCCUCAGUCGUUCCUGCGGCAGCGAGGCCUGAACCCACAGCAUGCAACAGCGACAGAUGAUACGGAGGUGUUUGUGCUGAUAGUGGAAGGAUUCCUCAUUUUCAACUACAGGCCUCUGAAUGAGUUAUUUGACAAAAGAUACUUCAUGGAAAUACCUUAUGAUGUCUGCAAAAGGAGACGAAGUUCAAGGGUGUACACGCCUCCUGAUCCUCCUGGGUACUUUGAUGGACACGUGUGGCCAAUGUACCUAAAAAACCGCCAGGAGAUGGAGAGCAUGGUGUCUGGAAUCGUAUUUCUGGAUGGACUGAAGCCGAAAGAAGAGCUGCUGAAUGCUGUGUGUAAAGAUGUUUGUCAGGAAAUAGAAAGACUCAGGGACUUUGAGUGAACUAGUUGAGACUGCUGCUGCCAUAAAUGUCAGGAAAGUUCUUCUUUAGGACUGAUGUGUGACUGAAAGGAAACUAACCAAAUGUGUCUUGUGUGAAUAUGCUAGUGUCUGCGUUAUAUCUGCAAUA